GUUAGGUCGCUUAUUAUAUUCUCAGAAAAAGUUUUACUCCCUAUUUUUAUUUAUUUAUAUUUGAGGGUCACAGACCAGGCAUGCCAUUCAAAGGAAAAGGCCGGCACUCUUCAUAUUACUGCUGUGGCUCGUCCUGUGUCAAAAUCUACUUGUGCUCCAAUCCAGAAGACAGCGUGAUUGAGCGAAGAGCUCUCAGAGAAAAAGUGUUUCCCAGGCUCAGAGAGCACUGUAGGAGCUUACUGGCACUAGACGUGAGGCUGAUCGACCCAUUUGAGUCCAGCGAUCCUAAUUGUUGGCCAGAUGCAAACACCAGGCAGCAGCUAAUUGAAGAGUGCAGAAAGAACUCAGCUGGACCGUUUUUACUGGCUCUGGUUGGACACCAGUAUGGACCAGCCUGUCUGCCCUCCCAGGUGGAGGUGUCGGAGUUCCAGCUGCUGCUGCAGGAGAGCCAACAGGUGGGCAUGGGCACCCGGCAGCUGGAGAGGGCGUACCAGAGAGAUGAGAACGCCGUUCCUCCUUCCUACCGCCUGACGCCUGCCGUGAAAUCCGUCUGCAGUCCUCUGCAGAGAGAGGAGACGGAAGAAAAGGAGAAUAACAUGUUGUGUGAUGAAGAUUUGAGGAAGGUGUUGCAGACAGCUGCGAGUCUGUGUGUCCAGAGCAGCCGUAUGAGUGCAGAGAGAGCCCAAGUCUUCUACAGAUCAGCUCUUGAUUCAGAUCUUCGAUUUGCUUUGGAAAACUGCCCUGUCCUGGACAUUAUCAACAGAUGUAUGAUCUACGUCCACAAGGUCGUCAAUGCAGAUGGAGAAAGAGGAAAACAACAGAGAAACUCAAAGCCGCAGCCAACAUUAAAGGCUGACUUGUGUGAGCAGAGCGUUUUGAAGACAGUGGCCACUCCAUCUGAGUUAUUAUCACAGCUGUGUGACAGCUUCCUCCCUGCUCUGCUCACUUCCCGCCAACUUAUCCUCUACACCACCACCACCGAGUGUGACCGCCGCCAUGGCUACACCACAGCCAGGAGGCGGGCCUACGCAGACUCUCUGUGCCAGCAGGCUUUCUCAGACCUCGUGGCGUUGACGGACAGCUCGAACAUUCCUCGGGUCAGAGGGCAAGCUCAUGUCAUCGAUGCCCCAUCCAGGGAGCGGGCCGAGCAGGAGCAGCUGUGCUGCAUCCUGGCUCAGUUUUACAAAAUUAUUCGGCCAGAGGAGGAAAAGAUCAGUGCAUAUGUGAAAGGCGUGGAUCAACAGCGCCCACUAGUGGUGAGUGGAAGACCGUGCACAGGGAAAACUGUCUUAAUCGCACACUGCGCUGAACAGAUCAAGGUUUGGCUCCCAGACUGUGAUCCAGUGGUGAUCAGCUGUUUUUGUAACCUUUCAUUCUGUACAUCCCCUAAGCAUCUGCUCUCCAGUAUCUGUCACCAGAUAGUUCACAGAUAUGAGGAGCAGUCACUCAGCCAGCUGCAGGCUGAGUCCUGGCCCUGCAAGAACCCAAAUGAGUGCAGCUGUAAGACUAACGACCCCUUAAUAUCUGCUGUGGCUCCUCACAAUGACUGCCACCAUGGAAAACAGAUCUAUGAGAGAGACCCAGGUUUCUGUAAAACACCAGAUUCUCAAGAACUCCAUUCUAGCGUCAUAAAAGUGGAUGUUUCUCUGUCUGAACUUGAAGAGCAUCUUGUGUCCAUUCUAACCCAGCUACCUUCCGCAAAGCAUCCUCUUAUUCUCAUCCUCGAUGGCUUGGAUCAACUGGAGGACAACGUUGGUGCUCAGAUCAUCAGCAGCAUCCCUUCUCCGCUCCCUGAUGCUGUCAAACUCAUAAUCACAGUCUCCUCCAGCAGAACAGGCCUCCUGCAAGCCAUCAAGCUUCACUAUCCCCAGCAAGGCAGCCGUUCUCCUUCUGCAUCAGAAGACGACAGUGAGGAGCAGACUGGAUUUGCCUCUAUACUGCUCCAAUCAGAGGACAGGAAACAGUGUGCGAAGCUUUUGGAAUCGCUACUCAACAGCUCAGGAAGAAAGGUGACAUCAGGACAACAAGCGCUGGUGAACCAGGCGCUGACCUCCUGCUCUCUGCCUCUCUAUGUUCGACUCCUACAUGCACACACAUCACUCUGGCACUCUGAUUCAGAUGUGACCGAGUCGUCUCUCCCUGAUAGCGUCCAUUCGUCUAUUUCAGCUCUCUUGGAUCACUUGGAACAGAAGCACGGCUCGUCCCUGAUGGCUCGUUUGGCCUCUUAUGUCUCCCUGUCCAGGACCGGGCUCUGUGAGUCGGAGUUUGUGGAUCUGCUGUCCUGUAAUUAUGACAGCCCAGCUGAACGUGAGGGACCAAUUUCCCAGGUUGAUGUCGAGAGGCUUCUUAUGGAUUUGAAAAACUUUCUAAUCAAACGGCCAAUCGCUGAUUUGCAGGUUCUGUUUUGGGUGAGCCGGCAUUUCAGGCUUGUUGUGACUAAAAGAUAUCUGGGCAGUCAUGGAGUGAGGAGGAAAAUCCAUUCAGAGAUGGUGGACUAUUUCAGUGGAAGACGGAUUGGUAGAAAUAAAAAGCCAUUUGUUGUAAGUCUUGCAUCUGAACCAGAACAUGAACAAGUGAGUCAGCCAUUUAUUUUUCCCGUUACUGAAGAUGUUUGUCGGGUGAACAUCAGAAAGAUCCAAGAGUUGCCGCAUCAUUUGCAACAAAGUGGGAGGUUGGAAGAACUGGAACUUGAGUUGUUAAUGUCUUUAGGGUUUCAUCAAGCCAUGGUUCAAGCUGGCAUGCUGAGUGAGCUGGUAGCCAUGUUGAAGGCGUAUGAAGGCUCAACAAAGUUUGUAAGAGAAAAAUGGCUUAUAGCAAGCACAUUAAAGUCCUCUGCUUGCUUUUUGCAGAUCUCACCCCUGCAACUGCCUGCAGUGAUGGAGAUAAACCUCCUCCCUUACCUGGAAGUUUUUCCUGCCUUUGAGGGAUACGUAAGAGACAUCAGACAGUACAGGAAGGAGAAGAAAAAAGGAGUUGGAUUGGUACUUUGUCCCACUCCCUGUUCUGUUCUCCCCAUUUGCUACGUAGGACCCAAUAUUAAAACCAGAACAACCAGAGUUGCAGAAAUUGCAUGUACGGAAUGUGAUGUUGUGGCAGAGGUCAUGGAUGAUGGUUCUGCCUGGAUUUGGACGGGUUCAAUUUGUGAUUUGUACAAGCUGUCACUUAUCCAGGAUCAACAGGAGUUAAAGUUUUCAGGAGUUAAAAGUAAUUGCAAAUUCCUUUUGCUUUCCACGCAAUGCAGCAAACUCUUUGUGUGGGAUGGGGCGAAUCCACAGAGUCUAAUGGAGGUGAAGGAAUCUCUCAAAUCGGAGUCUGAGUCAAGUCAAACUCUGAGUACGAUUGAAGGAUUCAUCUCAUGUCAGGAAAUGAUAUGCAUCUGGUGGAAAAAGGAGAGUUUUGUCAGUGUGUUUGAUAUUGCCAAAAAUACCUCUACUCGUUUUCAGUGUGAGAGCUCUGUGAUCUGUUUGGUUGGCUCUGUAAAGAGUUUCAGCCUUUACUGUGGACAAGAGGACGGCACAGUGUCAAUAUUUGAUUUGACGACCAGCCGUCUUCUUGGCACCUGUUUAAACUCAACCAACAGUGCAAUUAUGCAGAUAAUCCUCUGUGAAGAGGAGCAAGAGAUUGCAUGUGUGGACAGGAGUGGGAGUGUAGCCUUAUGGGACGUUGCUGAUAAAAAACAAGCACCCAAACUUCUCAAAGAAAACUUCAGUCAGGGUGAGUCUUCCAGUAUUCUCAACACAGAUUAUUCCAAAGCCACCAGCACUCUUUUGGUGUGUCAAAUUCACCAGCUGACAUUGUGGAAUACAUUCAACUGGGAGAUGUGGGACCAGUUCUUGGCUCCGCAAGGGAAAGCCUUUUCUCAAGCGGUGCUCUCCCUGGAUGGACACCUUUUCCUGGCUUUGUUGGACCAUUUCACAAACAUCUUGGUGUGGAAGGUCAGCACUGGUGAGUGCGUCCUUUCUUUAGAAACAAACAGCCAGCCCCACUUGCUUCUCAAAACAGCCUCAGAUAUUCUUUGCGUGAGUCAUGAUGGAUGUCUGACAAUCUGGGACUCAGAGAUGAUCAAUGCUGCAGGUAAGGCAACGAAAAUGAGGAGUGAAGUUAAAGGCAUGGCAGUCGAGCAAACAGGAAAAUGCUUCUACACCACAGAUGGAUCAGAGAAUGUCUGGAAGUGGAGUUUAGAUGUUGGAUUUCCACAGUUUAUCUUCCUGCAUGCCGGGGCUGUGGAAAAAAUACAGCUCUCUCCAAACAACAGCCACCUUCUCUCUCUCUCUGCAGGGGAAAUAUACGUCUGGCAGACAGAAACAGGUGAGAACGUUGCGCGUAUCAGCGGCGGCUGUGCUGCAGAUGUGCUAAUCACUCCCAGUAGUAAAUUUGGAGUGAGCAUUUCUAAGCAUGGCCUCUCUCAUGUUUGGAAGUUGCCACAUGGAGCUAUUGUGUGCAAAAUUCAUCAGUACCUGUCAGACGCACAAGUAUCAGCUGAGGGGACCUUUCUUGUUGGCCUCUGCAAUGGAGACCUACUGGCUGCCAGCCUGUGGUCUGGUUCAAUCAGCAAGCGCUUCUCCUGUGUGGAAAACUCAGAGCAUGUUGUUGCUUUCCAGUGUCUAUUAGACCAUCCGAACUUUGUUGUGGUGCUGACUGCCUCUGGAGCGGUGUACACCUGGAAGAUGUCAGAGGAGACGGUAUGCCGGCACUUUCAGCUGCCACGUAGGUUUCACUGUCAGCCACAAGACUUUCAAAUGUUGCCUGAUGGGAACUAUGCACUGCUGUCCAUUGAUCAUAACUUCAUUAACUUCUUAGAUCUAUCUCGGGUCAGGUUGUGCUCCUUGAAAGCUGAGGGUCCUGUCAUCAAGGCUUGCUUGGACAAAACUGGGUGCUAUGUUGUGUAUGUAUGCAACCCAAGUAGCCAGGAGCAGAGCUGUGAAUGCUACCUGCACUCCAAGCUCAUCCUUACAGUCGUGCGGCUUUCGGACAGAGAGAGAAUAGGAAACGUACAUCUGCAUAAGAAGCCGUCAGCCCUGACUGUUAGCAAGCAGCAAGGCGUGUUUGUGGGUUAUGAGGACGGGUCUGUAGGUGUGUUCUUUGUUUCUGAUGCUACAGCUGAUAAAGAGUCAUUCUGGGACAGAGAGAUUUUAAAAUCUGUAACAAUAAAAUGUCCCUAUGACAGAGAACCUAUAAACUGUCGUUAUCAGUCGAAACCCAACGUUACCUGGUCAUGAGCCGACUGUAUCUACUUACAUACAGUGUAAACAAAAUGACUGCAGAUCUUUUUUGGCCCUACACUGGUUUGUAUUUUUUUUUCUGUUACAGUACAUAGUUUUUUCAGUAGGGAGCCAUCUGACAUGGGACCUUUCAAAUUAAAUGGGUUAAUUUUUAGUCACCAAGAAGAUGUUUUGUAGC